CUUUUCCAGUCUCGCUGUUUUCUGUCAAACGGAGCCGAGCAGCGAUGCACCUCUGCGGGGAAUAAUUAGCCCUAUAGCCCCUGAAACCCCCGGAGAAAGCGCGGAUUUGUUUUUUAGCUGAAUUUAAAAACCAAACAGAGCCAUGGUGACGAAGAAGGUUCGGACCGAGUACAUGAAGAAGUUUAAGGAUCCGAGGUGGGACAGUUUUUCCAAGUGUUACGAGGACUGUGUGAAGUACCGUCUGACGCGGCGCGUGAUGGAGGGCGCCCACAGACCCUGGUUCUGGGAGGGCUGGGAGAGCAGCUCCGAGUCCAGCGGCUGGUCCACGCCCCUGGGCAGAGGGAACCGCGUGGGGCCCCUGACCGCGGCGCCUCCGGACACGGCCGAGGUCACGCACAGGCUGAUGGAGCUGAGGACCGAUCCAGGACCCAAGCGCUGUUCUGGAGCGGAGGAAGAGGAGGGAGAACCUGGAGGAGGAGGAGGAGCAAAGACAGAGUCUCCGGUCGUACAAAACGGCCCCAACGACAACAACAACACUAACGCCGACGCCAACGACUCGGCCGCCGUUAAUGGUUUCCAUGACGACACGCCGACGGACAACGGCCCCAUCGACAGCGCCUCGUCCGACGGGGAAAUCCUGCAGCCGCGACACAGACAGAGGCCUCGACGGCGCCCGCCGAAGACCGAACCGAGACAGAGCCAGAGCCAGAGGGGGGGGAAGGUCCGAGCCAAGAGCCAGCCCCCGCUCAGCAGCAGAGAGCGGGACGGCAGACUGGACUGGACCCAGAAACACAUGGAGGCCAGGAGGACCCCCGUCGAUAGCCACACGUCCGACGUCUGUGUCCAAACGGGGAGGCCCAAGACCGGUCUCCGCUCUCACAUGAGGAGGACCCGCUCCGCAGACCUGAUCCGGAAGAACCAGCUCUCGGUGUCCGACAGUCCCUGGGUCACAGAGUACAUGAGGUGCUUCUCCGCGCGGGUCAGGUAGAACAGCAGAGGGGGGGAACAGCUGAAGGGGGAACAGCCGAAAGAAGAACAAUUGAAGGGAACGUCUGAAAGGAGAACAUCUGAAGGGAGAACAUCUGAAGGGAGAACAUCUGAAGGGAGAACAUCUGAAAGAAGAACAUCUGAAGGAAGAACAGCUGAAGGGUGAACAGCUGAAAGAAGAACAAUUGAGUGGGGAACAUCUGAAGGGGGAACAGCUGAAGGUAGAACAGCUUAGGGGUGAACAACUGAAGGGAGAACGUCUGAAGAGAGAACAGCUGAGGUAAGAAUAGCCGAAGGGAGAACGUCUGAAGGGUGAACGUUCAAAGGAAGAACAGCUGAAAGGAGAGCUUCAGAAGGAAGAACAGCUGAAGAAAGAGCAGCUGAAAGGAGCAAAGGACUGAACAAGGGCAGACAAAUGUUAUAUAAUUUAAACAUGAAGUCCAGGAGAGUCGCUGCUGAACCGAAAUGUGUCACUACCUGAAUGAUCCGUCUAAUGUUAAAGGGCACGUGUUACACUGUUUUUUGAUCUUCUCACGCUGUUUCCUCGUCACAAACAGACCUGGAGUUGUGUUUUGUUUCAGUCACACUGGAAAUAUCUUAGC